AUGCAUGAUGUUGUUCGUGAUGUGGCCAAAUCAAUGACCUCUGAUGUGUAUUUUGUGAAAGCUGGUGGUGAAAAAUUUGAGUGGCCAAAAAUUGAAAAUUUAAAACGUUACAGUGCCAUCUCAAUUAUGGAAAAUCAAAUUCCCGAAUAUCCUGCUUCUUGGGAUUGUCCAAACCUACAAAUAUUGUUGUUAAGUGACGAAAGAUCGCAAUUGGCUAUGCCAGAAGGAGUCCUCAAGGGAAUGAAAACCCUUAAAGUUCUUCAUCUUAAACGUCGCUCAGAUGCCUUUCUUCCCGGAACUCAACAUUUGUUCAUAAGUCAUAACUCAACAUUUGGUCUUAAACAUUCUAUACGUGAGAACUCAACAUUUGUUCAUCUCACAAAUCUCCGGACACUGAUUCUCCAAUAUUAUGGAGUGGGUGAUAUCAGUGCACUUGGAGAACUAAAGUUGCUACAAAUUCUUAGCUUCAAAAAUUGUUGCCAUGAUGAUGCCGUGGAUUAUAUAUUCCCUCCCAAUGUCAUAUCCAGUUUAUCCCAAGUGCAAGAGUUGUACAUGUUGUCUAGACCAAGAAGAUUGGGUCGAAGUUUUGGUGCCUUUGAAAGGUUUAACAUAACUGAGUUGAAAUCCCUGCCCGGCUUAACUGCCUUCAUGAUUUUUAUAAAGAAUUUUGAAUACAUACCUGAAGGCUUCUCUUUCCCUGAUUUGGAGGUUUUCAAAAUAUCCAUAGGAGAUGGAAAAUUUUCAUCUAAAUUUUCAACUAAAAUAAAUUAUCUGAGUCUUCGUGGUCCAAUCAAAGAUCCAACAAUGGCGGUUAACAGGUUACGUUGCAUCAAGCCAUUACUGAGGAGAACAAAUUAUCUCUAUCUAUCUGAAUUCGAAGGAUUAAAGAAUAUCUUUCCCUCUCUAUUCUCAGAUAGAGAUAGUUUAGCUGUCUUGAGAUCUCUGAAUAUCAGCUUUUGCUCCGAGCUCGAGUACUUAAUCGAUGCAGAAGAAUGGGAGAUUCCACCCACAACACAGCAGCAGCAUUUUAAUCAGUGCCCAAAGUUGUCGAAUGUCUUUGCUUCGCUUAAUCCGCAACUACAAUUGAAGGAACUUGAAGUGCUUCAAGUGGAUUAUUGCGAUGCUUUAGAAUACAUAUUUGAGAAGAAAGAAGAUGCACCUCCAUGUUUAAGAGAACUUAAGUUGGAUUGUUUGAUCGGACUAAAGCACAUAUACAAGGGCUCUACAGAGCUACUUGACCUGUGCAAUCUAGAGUUUCUAGAGAUUAAAGAAUGCAACAAACUAAAAGUCAUCCUUCCUGCAUCUGCUGCUCAAAGGCUUGGGAAACUGAAAGAACUGCAUCUGCAUAAUUGUGAUCAAUUGGAAGCUGUUCUCGCAAAACGGCAAGAAGGAGAAGAUACCUGUGAGAAUUUGGUGUUCUCUCAACUAAGAGUGCUUUCACUAGUCAACCUUCCCAACCUUACAGGUUUUUGCACGGAUUAUACCUUGACUUUCAAAUGGCCAUCCUUGGAAAAAGUGGAGGUGGUUCGCUGUCCCAAAAUGCAGAUGUUUGCUGCUGUUGUGGCUUCUGAUGGAGACUCGAGCACGCCAAAGUUGAAGAUGAUCGAAGUUGAUGGUGUUGAUAUAAUGCUUGAUGGAACAGACAUAAACAGAGUCAUGCAAGGUCGCUACAAAGACAAGGACAAGCUCUCGCCUCAUGACACCACUGCUGCAAAAGAGGCUCUUUGCAGUGUUUCUAAUUUAAGGAAGCUCAAUGAUGGAGAAUUGCCGUCAAGUGUUAGAAGGUCUCAGCGAAGCCUCACGGUGUGGGAGAAAGGGAGCCACAAGGAUUUGGCCUCACUCUUUCCAGAGUCCUUCAUUCUUCUCUGUUUAACAAUAAAGAAACAAAUAACUAGAGAUAGCACUAGUAUAUCACCAAAAACAGAAAUUGUUACUACCGAUAAUCCUUUCUCAUUAGUCUUCCUUAUCAAAUGUGGAAGGAUUUUUGGUAGUGGAGGACUCGCCUGUAAUUCAUGGUCACGGAUGGCUAGACUACCGCCUGAUUGUUCAACUUGA